AUGCCUAUCUACCUAAUCUCCAAAGCCGCAGAUCCUAUCUUCGCGUUCGCGAUAGGCACCACCGCCGCCCUCCUGCGCAUCCAGCGCGAACAGCGCGAGAAAUUCCCCGAGCGAGCCAAGGACAUCGGGAUCGGGAGUGUGGUGCAGCUGGGGGCGAGUCGGGUACAACGCUGGUGGGCGGGCGAUUUCGCAGGGCUGUGAUGGCUCGCAGGCAAUAUCCUCGUGGGAUCUUGUCUUGUUUGGGACAUGUUGUACGGUUUCCUGUCUGCCUAUCCAUGGCUCCAGGACUUUUCUCGCCGUGGAGAUGAUGGGUGUUUUCUUGAUGGUUCUGGGGGGGUUGUUGAGAGGGAGGGGGCAGGCAGCAAGCGCUGAUCGAUCGGAUUCGGGCUGAGUUUGUGGGGAAGGAAGGAGGUUCGAAAGUGGUUCAUUCCUCUUCUGACAUCAUCAGUCAGACUAUUGCCUCUGGUUGAUGAUUUGUAUAUAAAAGUAUGUGUUGGUGGAUAACUGUGUGGCGUUGAGGGGAAUUGAUUGAUUUAUACAUCCUGGGCUUUUUGUCUACUGCUGU